AUGGCACGGACAGCCGCGCAACCGAGACCUCCAAUGCACCUCUCCAAUAUGGCCCAGUCUCCACGGCACUGGAGCAGGUCUAGAGCGAUCGCCAUGGACGACCCGUUCUGCGAGCCGCCUACCGUAAGAAAAGCCAGCGGCAAGUCACGGAGUCGAAGCGUCAAUUCCUACAUGUCGUAUCCUCGCAUUCCUCGCCGACAGUCUUCGCUCUCGGCGAGCUUGAGCAAUGACUCCAAUGGGCCAGCAACAUCAACUAGAACUCCAUCUCUAUGCGACAGUCUGUAUCAAAUCAAAGUAGUGAAACGACGGCAAUCGGGUGGAAAGGCUAUUCGAGAUAUGGGAAGCCAGGACCUUGGCUCUCCGGAGGACGACUCACUUAUCACCGAAAACCCAAAGCAGCUCGCCAACCCCCUGGAGAACCAGAUCUGCGCCAAAUAUCAGCCUCGUUCGCGGCUGACGGUUCGCUGGAGCUCAGGAUCAUGGAGUUCUCUUGGGUCGGAUCUUAUAUCUGGUUCGAACUCGGUUUAUGGCUCAGCGGAGAUGAAAUCCGAGACUCCGGACCCGAGACAAGCUCGGAACCCUACAACUGAAGGCGGACUCGGAUACCUAGGUCCACUGGAUCUGCCGAUAUCUUUUGUCAGUGUGAGAUCCGUUACCAACAAGUCUCAAAUUGGUCUGCUAUCCUCGACUUUAUGUACCACAGUACAAGUCUCUGCCGAUGUCAGCUCUGUCCCAUUUCCAGGAAGCUCGGGUCUUGCGCCCCUUGAUGUGAUUAUACUCCUUCAUAGUUUAGCCCAGCCGUCUGUCGAUCUUCUGACGCAGAUAACUCUUGCGUCCUCCGUUGUAGCUUCAAAUCUCAUUUACAAUCAUGACAGAAUUGGUCUCGCAUGUAUUGAUUGGGGGAAAAGCCUCGGCUUUGAGUUAUUACUCUCAUUGGACUUCCACUCAUUGGACGCUGUGCGAUCUGCAUUGACCUUUUUUUCUCUGCGCCAACCUCUCAAUCAUCGGAAAGCGAGUUUUGACCUUGGCGAAAUCAUUGAGCGAGUGUCUGGGCUUUUUUCAAUCUGCCCGAGGUCUGCAUUCUGCCACUUAUUUUUCGUUUCUGCAACUCCCCCGAUGCUUUUAGCGAUACCUUUGAUCGACCAAGCAAUCGGGCUUAGUACGAUUACACCUCAACCCUGCCUCCCGUUGGACCAAAGUCCUCUUCAGCCCGGAUGGCACAUUUCUUAUGACGUUGGUGUUGACAAUACAUGCCCGAAAGGGACCCACUUCAUUCGCAAGGUGGCAAGAGUCGUUCGGCAGCUUCGCACUGGCAUUCGCCCAGGAUCCGUUCUCAACCUUAAACUUUCUAUCAUCCCUGGCGAAAACUGCCAGAUUCAUUCUGUCAUCAACAACUCCCGACUUACUUCACUUCGACCUGGGGAGAUCUGGAUUGUCCCCAUCGAAAUCGGCGUGCCCUCGGCGUUUCAUUCCAUCACCCCUAGUGGUCAUUACCAAUGGCCAGCUCACCACCCUUUUAUUGAGGAAAUGAUUUCCCACAUCAAUGAUCUUCUGAUGGCGUAUUCUUCUGGAGAAGUCACCCAAACUAUCCUGACUGCUCACGUUGAGUAUCAGCAUUCGCUUCUGCCAGCAACCAGUACUAUUCAUGAGGAGAGCCAGCUCACAGUUAUCCGAAGUGGAAAUUCAAUCCUGAGUUCCUCACUUGACAUUCGACAGACCAGUCUUUCAACUAUUGCAUCGGCUAACGAGCUGAAAGCGAGGGCCUGA